UGGCCGCAAGCAACGAAGCAACCACACCACACAACGCACGGUUUCUUCUGCUGCACCGGUGGUGCUGGUGCAAGUUUUGCUGACAUUUUCCUUGUUCCGCUGCCUAUUCGUUUCUUGUCUCUCCUCGCUCACCUCUUCUUUCCUUCGACCGCAACCAUGUCCCGCCCAAAGGUCUACUUUGACGUCACCGCCAACGGCUCCCCCGUUGGCCGCGUUGUCUUUGAGCUCCGCGACGAUGUCGUCCCCAAGACGGCCGAGAACUUCCGCGCCCUCUGCACUGGCGAGAAGGGCUUUGGCUUCAAGGGCAGCAGCUUCCACCGCAUCAUCCCCGGCUUCAUGUGCCAGGGUGGCGACUUCACCCGCGGCAACGGCACUGGUGGCAAGUCCAUCUACGGCGAGAAGUUUGCCGAUGAGAACUUCACCCUGAAGCACACUGGCCCCGGUAUCCUCUCCAUGGCCAACGCCGGCCCCAACACCAACGGCUCCCAGUUCUUCAUCUGCACCGAGAAGACCGGCUGGCUCGACGGCAAGCACGUCGUCUUCGGCAGCGUCGUUGAUGGCAUGGACGUCGUCCGCAAGAUGGAGGCUCUCGGCAGCCAGUCUGGCAAGACCAGCAAGACCGUGACCAUUGCCGACUGCGGCCAGCUCUAAGCUGCGUCAUGGCGCCCCCUCUCUCUCUCUCUCCUCCACUCAUCCACAUUUGACUCAACUUUCUUUUUCUCUCCCCCUUUUCCUUCGCUUCGUCGACAUGCUUCCGUGUGUCGUGUGUGCGUUGGCGUCGUAACCAAGUUGUCCUUCGUGUUGUGGUGACGGCAGCACACUGGUGCACCUGUGCCUCGUGCUGUUUGCUCUUUUCUUGCACAACCCCACGCAUGUGUGUUUGUGUGUGUGCGUGGACUUGACAACCUCUUCGUGUUGGGUCUCGCACCACCUCACCCUGUGUGGCCAUUGUUGCUUGCAUUUGCUGCAACAUUGUUGUUGUUUGUUCUCAUCAAUAAUGGACCAGCAAACGCAUCCGCCUCGCCCUGCUCAAACAAAGCGUCCUGUCUGUCGAGUGGAGGGCCAGAGAGAGAG